UUGAUAGACGCGCUAUUGUGUAUAGCAUUUGUUUUUUUGUUUUUUUUUGUUUUUUCGUUUUUUUCACUUUACUUUUAACUCCCGGAACCUAUAUGGUGGAUAUUAAAACCACUUCGUCUGCUGUAUGGUGGAUAAAGUAUCCUCAACAACAAGCGGAACAUACACAAUCAAGGGCCAUCAGGUUGUGCCAGGAUAUGACAGAUUUAUUUUCCAAUAUAUCCCUGCACGGCUACAACAAACUUUUCGACAGUGAAUUGUUAUUAUAUGAAAAAUUAAUUUGGUUAUGCCUGCAUAUUACAACUUUUGUGGUAAUGAUAAUAAUUCUGUCAUUCACUUGGGAUUAUUUUGUUGCUCAGUAUUUUGCCAUUAAUUUGCAUGAUCCCCUAUAUCCAGUGGAGAAAAUUGCAUUUCCGGCCAUUUCCAUAUGUUCCAAUAAUCGCAUUUCAUAUCAAGCCGCCGAAAAUUACGCCAUUGAACUGUAA